AUGGAAACACCAACUAUCUCUGUUAUCACUGCUGCACAUACCGUCGACUAUCUCGGUCACAAUCAUACCUGGUCAGAAACUGACGUAGUAUACACUCACACUGAAGUCAAAAAAGAAAUAGCAGCAUUCAGAUCGAAGUGUCGGGAAGAACAUGAGAAACCCGAAUACUUGGCCAUAGUAGCAAAACAUGAAGAUAUCGAACGUCGAAAGGCUCAAAAAGCUCUACGUAAACAGAAUACCGGCAAGGACACAUCAGAAGUACCAACAGUAAAAGCAUCUAAUCCUUUCUCGUCUGCUACUCCACUCGUCGAGAAAAGAGUUAACGCUGCCGGUCAAACUGUCACAAAAAAAGUCAAAGACCCUUUAAAGAAAGUGCAACGUGAGGAAUGGUUGCAAGAAAAACGUUUAUUACGACAAGAAAAUGCUCUCUGGCGUCGUAUGGGCGUUGUAAAAAGUGGAAGAUUGGUUUCUCCGCAAUCUUUGAACUGGCAAAAAGAAUGUGACGUAUUAUGGUUGUUUGGCCCCUUGUAUCAACCUGAGGAACAUUUGGAUGAAGACGACGACAGCAAAAAUGCCUCGUCCUCCACUAUUGACGGUAUUCCAAACUACGCCUCACCGAUCAAACCCGCUCUCAAGAAACAUGUAGAGCACUCGCCAAUCGAAGAUUUGCUCACCUACUACAAAUGCUCGAAGGUACUGAACAAAGAUAAAUCGGUUACCAGUAUCGAUCGUCUGUACAAAUUCGACGCAGCCGACUAUUCGUCUUCAUCGGAAGAAUCAGAUGUCACUGAUGCGGAAGACUCUGAUAGCGGGUCCAACUCCGAUUCGUCGACUUGCUUUUCGGAUCACUCACUUCCAACUCGUCGUCACACGAUGCCGGUACGCAUACCAAGUCAUGUGAUGCAAAAGAAUAAAAAGUCGUUGAGAUUCAGUAGCAAAUUGGAGCAAGUUCAUUAUUACGCGCCGACAAAUUAUACGAAACCGCCUACGCGACGACGCUCAAACCCGCAACGAACCACGAAAAAGGAUUUGACUGAUGAAUCGGAAAAUAUUGAUCCGACGGGUGCUGGCGUAGCAAUUGGCAUUAAAGGUGUUGGCAUGAUGGACACCUGCAAUGACUACGACCAAAUCUUUAAAUGGGCAAAAUCUCAGGUCAGAACUUCUGGUACAUAUAAUUUAUUCUGUGAGGAUGAUAAAAAAGGAGCGCCAGCCAAUACCUCGAUCGCUGCUUAUCAAGCCACAAUGGACGCCAUUGAAAAGAAAACUGCUGCGGCUAAUCACAUGACAACCAACGCCACCGCCAAUGGAGCAAUGGAAUAUCAAAAGAUGUUGGCCGCUGCCAAAGCAUCAACUACUCGCAGAAGACAAUCAACACAGUACAGCAAGCCAAUCUACGACGUUGAACUUUUGUCUUCCGAUGAGGAUGAUGAAGCUUUCUUCAGUAAUAAAAAAUCAUCGAAUAAAACUGUUGUCGACCAAGAAAAAGAAGCAGAUCCAUUCUGUCCUCCCCCAAUUGUCGAAGAUACUAUCAACAAAGAUACGUCAAAAGAAGAUGCAAGUAUCGUGGCAAGAUGUGUAAAUAUUGCAGAGAAUGCUAAGGAUGUUCAUUCAUUUGAUGACGUGAUAUAA